AUGCCUGCAAAUAUUGUUCCAGGCUUUGUGCCGUACUUUGGCUUUAUGCUGAAGGACGUGGGGGCCCGGCUUGCAAUCAUGGCACAUUAUCUACAGACAAACCGCCACAUGUAUCCUGUCAUGCGUCACCAGAACGUUCGUGCCUACCGUGGGAUGUUACCGUGGACGCAAGAUUCCGCUUUUAUUGCGCCGAGUGCCUUUCUUAGUGGAAACGUCGUACUUGGACAUGACACAUGCAUUUUCUAUCAUGUCGUUAUUCGUAACUACCAUGUACGGGAGGAAACAGUCUUGGGUGAUCACACAGUUGUGAUGGAUCGUGCUUCCUUUUUAGGUCAAGUAAGCGUUGGAAAUGGCGUUUACAUUGGUGUUGGCAGCACACUGGACUGUUGCACCAUUGGAGACGGAGUAUACAUUGGGCCAGGUGUGUCUGUUGCGCUUGGUGCAGUUGUUGAAAAUGGAGCAAUCGUUGCUGCAGGGUCAAAUGUGCCGAAAGACACACGUAUUCAUGCAUGGGAGUUGUGGGCAGGGAACCCGGCUCAGAAGAUAGCGGAAGUAACCCAAGAACAGGCAAAUGAGGUGGCGCACAUUGUACACGAGCAGGUCGGUGUGGCAAAGGCACAUGUUCAGGCGAUACACGAUCACAUUCACCACACAGAGGAAUUGGAUGGUGAAUGGCUGCAUCUGGCUAUUACAGAAAUGGAAAAGCAGCAACAGCAGGUAACACUUAAAGUACCUGUUGACAUUCCGUUGGAGGCAAAACGGUUCCUGCAGCCUCGUGUACACAUGCGUCGUCCAGAGAUGCAUAUGCGCAUGUCAUACCCCGUCAAUCGUGUCGCACCGUGGAUGCCAAAGGUGGCGGACCAGACGGCCAAUGCGUAA